GAUGCUGUAAGUAUAUACAGAAUAAUCAAGUUUUUAAUAACAUUAUUCUCGUCGACCAUUUGAUCGAGGAAGCCGCGGCCGACGUCAUGUCUCGUUUUGUAUUUAUUAUAUGUGUUAUUAUUUCUGUGGUGACAGCCCAAACACUUGAUGAUGUUGCCGAUCAGUGCACUAAACCCCACGAAAGAUAUACGGACUGCUUGAAAGGUGAAUGUGGGCCGACCGCCUGUGGUGACCUGGGCAAGCUCCUGGUGUGUCCCAGUAUAGCGCCGCCCUGCGCAGGCGGCUGUUUCUGCGAAUCUGGCUUUGUGAGGAAUGAGAAGGGAGAUUGUAUAGAUGCCAAGACGUGCCUUGACUGUGGCGGAGAUCCUAAUGCAGUAACUGGGUGUGGCAAUCCUUGCAGACCAACUUGUGCCAAUCCAGCUGGUACACCAGCAGCGGAGUGUAUGACAUUCUGUCAACUUAAUGCCUGUGACUGCAAGGAGGGGUACGUUUUGAACACUGAUGUUGACCCGCCGAGAUGUGUUAUCCCUACGGAUUGUACCUAAACGUAAACAGUAAUGUAAUGUAUGUUUAUUGUCAAUAAAUUAAAUUGAGUGAAGAAG